AAAUAAUUGGCGCACAUUUCGAUCUGAACGUAACUUCUGGUGUAAACGUGGAUACUGAAAACUUAACAUUACUUUGUUUACUUGGUCAAUACAAUUAUUGGGACGAUAAGCUCACUUGACAAUAGGGUGUGGAUAGACCAGUUGAACACUCAUCAUUCCUCCCUAACACUCCCAUUUGUUAACAACUCAGAAACAGUUCUAAAUGAGUUACGUGGUGGUUUAUAUAUGUUAUCUACAUAGAUUCGAGCAUGCAGAUUAUAUAUAUUUUUUUACUGUACAAUGACAUAUUGUCUACCUAAUUAGUUAAUAAUCGGUAUGUAGCAAUCAUGAGAUGUACUUCACACUAUAAAAUUGUAAAGUACCUCUACAUAUCUGAAAUAAGCUUAUUUGUGCUUUUUCUUCUGAAACAGUUGAGGGCUUCAAUAUAUUUUUAGUUUUUUUUGUUAUAUUUCUUAUAAAAUGUAGAACACAUAAGAAGGAAUGAAAUCAUUCUUGAUUGUGUUCUAAUUUAAACUUUUAACUUAUUACUAUUUCAUUAUACAUGGCAAAUUUCUUGUUUCUCUUUUGUAUUAAGUAUUUUAUCACUCACAAAUUGAGUAAAUAUUUCUAUCCCCUCUUUCUAAUGUCACGCAAUCGUGUGUUCUCUUACUUCAUGAUUUAACUGUCAUUCUAUCAUAGUUUAAGACAUUGUGGUUUCUCACUAUAUCUAGCUAUUCUGUAUUGCUUCAUGUGGAAUGUUAACAUCCAGAAUAUUUAUGGCUCAUGGAUUUAUAUAGAUAUGUGAUAGUCUUAAUUAUUUGUUAUUGAUUAGUACGUUCAUUCAUACAAUGUACUCUUGAUUUUUCAGUUCAAGUACAGUUUAUAAACGUAUAUAAUUACAUCAAAUAAUCACAAUUAUUCAGUUUCUUUUCAAUAUAUGCGUCUUGUUUUCGGCUACAAUUUCUCUACUAUCAAUCUCCCUAAACGUUUUAGAUGUGUUAGUGUAGUUGAUUAGAAGUCGUUUAUUACCAAGUGCCAGGUUCGGCUUUCUUUUAUAUUUUUAGAGUGGGCUGACAGUACUAUCUGACUGCCUAAACUAAAGUAGGUUUAACGAAAUUCGGACUUGGACCUCAAUAAUUGAAUGUCAAGUACUAUAACUACUAAGCUGGCUAUCCACAGAGGUGCCCCUUCCAGCCAUAAAGGUUGGUGAGGCCAAUUGGCUUAUUUGGAUACUCAUUAAUGACACGGUACAACUACAUGGGCUUAAUAUCCGUUGUAGUCUUGAUCUUACUUUUCUUUGUUUCACAUCCAGUGAUUGAACACCACUUUUGAAUCACAUAAGGUAUGUAUUUUGACACUACAUCAUUUCUCUUAAAUUCCACUAAUUUAAUUUACUUGCGUGUUGUUUUUCAGAAAGUACAAAUAUUAAAGCAAUCUUGACUGCUUGGAAUCACUUUUAUCUCAGUUACGUUUUCAGACAACAGGAAAAAAUUGAUUGACAUUUGAAUUGCUUACCAAUGCAAAUUGCUGAAAAACGUCAAUUAGAAAAUGUUAACACUUUGUAUACUGCGAUUCAUAAACUCAAACAAAAAAUUCAGGAUUUAGUCAUCAAAGCGGAAACUCAAGGUGACCAAUGUGACUGGCCAAGAUAUCUUAGUACACUAGCGUUAUGUGCAUCAGAACUAAGUGAAAUUCGGAAAAUACUUGAAUCCGAUCGAUUUUCAAAUGAACAUACCCUGGUGCUUACACCAAUGUUGUUAAAUCCGGAACAAGAUAGUAAUUUAGCUAAAAUUACCGAAGAACGUCUUUCACUAUUCAAUCAUGAUACUGUACCUCAAUAUCUUCGAACUAAAUUAGAUCCAAAGGUUGAAAGUGAAUGUUCUAGCCAAACCACACGAGCCGCUGGUAUACCAUCGGAGCAGGUGAACAAAUUAAUCAAUUUGUCAAAUCGUGCGAUUGAUUGCAGUCUAAAGGAGAUCAAUUUAUUAAAACAAGAUUUAGAAGCUGAUUUUUCUGAUCGACAAAAUAAAAUCUCAUCAAACUUAGAUGACUUAGCUACUCUUGUAAAUAUCAUUUCUCAUAAAAAAGGUCCAAACACUUCUAAUUUAUAAUCACCUUAAUCAUAAUAUUUAUGUCUUACCACAUACACUUUCAACGUCUUUUUGGAAGCGUGACUCACUAGUGGUGGUCAAUGAUUCUAUAGAAGGCAUAAGUGUCUUUCCAUUUUCCUCGGUCUCAGAUAUCACAAUCAUAAUCUAACAAAUGUAUUAUGAGUCUUUCAUACAACGUUUUCCAAUUGUAAACUUUGAUAACGAAAGAACAAAUAUGGUAGCAAAAUGACGUGAGUUCAUUUAUUCCGUGGAUUACCUGUUACUUAAAAUACAAAGUCCAGUCCUCUUGUG